AAAAAUGCUAAUUACUUCUUUAUGACGAACAAUAAUUUUUGAAUAAUUUUUGAGUAUCGAAAUCAAUCCCCCUCCAACGGUUUCAUUGACCGCCGUUUCUUCAUCUUUAUUGGCGGACCUUCGUCUUCACCCUUACCUUUCACAGAAACGCCAUCCAUCCUUAUCCUAGGCACAAUGAGUGAGAACACCAACUCAGCCACUGACAACGAGAGUCCCAAGGUUGAGCCGAAUCCUAACCCUAACCCUAACCCUAACCAGAAGCGCGGAAGCGAUUACGAGGAGCAGCCAGAUGGCGUCGUUGUAAAAAAGGCGAAAACGAAGGCCUUUUUCGAGAUAGAAGCGGAUGCCGCGGAGGAUAAGGGGUCCAGGCACACCAUGGAGGACGCUUGGGUGGUGCUUUUGGACGCCGCCGCUGAUUCUCCUGGCAAAUUGAGGUGUGCGCAUUUUGCAAUCUAUGAUGGGCAUGGAGGUCGGUUGGCUGCAGAGUAUGCUCAAAAGCAUUUACAUGCAAAUGUUCUUUCAGCUGGCUUACCACGUGAGUUGUUGGAGGUAAAAGCAGCCAAACGAGCUAUACUUGAUGGUUUUCGAAAAACUGAUGAAGUUCUUCUUCAAGAGAGUGCUGCAGGGGGAUGGCAGGAUGGUGCCACUGCUGUUUGUGUUUGGGUAUUAGGACAAACGGUUUUUGUUGCUAAUGUUGGGGAUGCAAAAGCAGUGGUAGCACGAUUAUCCUCUGUUGAUGGAUUACAGAAUCAGUCGGAUGGAGUAAGUCUGCUGAAGGCCAUUGUUUUGACUAGGGAACACAAAGCCAUCUAUCCACAGGAGCGUUCUCGAAUUCAGAAGGCCGGUGGUACAAUAAGUUCAAAUGGACGAUUACAGGGGCGCCUUGAAGUUUCACGAGCCUUUGGAGAUCGUCAGUUCAAAAAGGUGGGGGUUGUUGCAACCCCAGAUUUUCAUUCUUUUGACCUUACAGACAGAGAACAAUUCAUUAUUCUUGGUUGUGAUGGCCUUUGGGGGGUAUUCGGACCAAGUGAUGCUGUUGAUUUUGUUCACAAAUUGUUGAAGGAGGGGUUACCUGUCACUGCAGUAUGCCGCCGUCUUGUAAAGGAAGCUGUUCGUGAGAGGCACUGUAAAGACAACUGCACUGCAAUUGUCAUUGUUUUCAGGCACAAGUAAUACCAAAGGCACCAACUUUUUAGUAGAAAUAUAUUGCUGCUGAGUGCUGCCUGUUGAUUGCAUUAAUGUUUUGUUUCUUCUUCGGUUGUAUACGUUCCUCAGACAUUGCUCUUUAUUGUCUGUUGUCAAAUAUUUUGAUGAGUUGCUCAGUUUUGCAUACUCGGUAGAAGUAGAGUUUGGAUGCUGUUCAAAAAGUUGAACUAUCUAGUGAUGUGUUUAAAUGUUUUUUUUCCCUCUUUAAGGUGGUUAUAACAAUCAUUAGAUCUUCAUAGAAUUUGUUAGUAU